AUGCCUAUGCUUUCUUCAUGGCAUCCAAAAUUUAAGUUCCCAAGCUCACAUUACCGUCCGUCCUCCGAAUUUAACUACACGCCACCUCGAAAUUUAUCCGUAAAAAAUUUACACCAGACUAAAUACUCAAAAUCUCUUUUCCCUCCAGCAAACCAGAGUGUGGCGGCAAUCAUUUUCGGAGAUGGCUCGUCACCCCAUUCGAGACUCUAUCCUCUCACAAAAAGGCGCUCAGAAGCCGCAAUCCCUAUAGCCGGAAAUUAUCGUCUGAUAGAUUCCGUUAUCAGCAACUGCAUCAACAGCGGCAUCACCAAAAUCUACGCCAUCACGCAAUUCAAUUCGACUUCUCUUAACUCUCACAUCUCGAGAGCUUACUCAACCUCUCGACUCUCGAAUGAUGCCUUUGUUGAGGUUCAUGGCUACGGCUUCGAUGGUUAUUGGAAGGAUAUGAGAAGCAUAGAAGCUUAUUACCAUGCAAAUAUGGAUACCCUUCAAAGGACAAAUAAAGCUUUCAGCUUGUAUGACAGAGAUUUUCCACUGUACACAUUGCCACGUCAUCUGCCUCCAACUCUUGUGGCCGAUGCUGUCAUCACGGACUCUUUCAUUGGAGAUGGCUGCAUUCUCAGUAAAUGUAGGAUAAAGGGCACAGUAGUUGGUAUGAGGACAAGAGUUCAAGACCAUGCAGUUAUUGAGGACUCAGUCAUUAUGGGAUCUGAUACUUAUGAUCAUAAUGGCAGUGGGAUGAGUGAAGGGGAAGGCAAUAGCAUUUCCAUCGGGAUUGGAGAAGGUUCGUAUGUAAGGAAAGCUAUAGUCGAUAAGAAUGCAAGGAUUGGCAAGAAUGUUAAGGUUUGUNUUUUUUUUUUUAUUUUUGUGUGUGCUAUAGAUUCAUUAGAUUUAGAUGUUGGGCCUGGAUGCCUUGUAAGUGGUCUUGAGCUUCCUGGUGGGUGGCCUCACCUUCCUGAACACCAAAGGGAACUUGAUUUUAGAGUCGUGAAACUGCUUCGUGCUCUCCCUCUUGCAGAGCUUGGCCGGGAUAGUGGCAGUCUUGAUGAUCUGAAUGCAAUGGUGGCGAACCCUGUGUCGAGAAGCCAUCUCAGUGUACAUUUGCUCCACACCACCAUUCAAAGUCGUGUCACGAUACUCCUUGUACAUGUUGUGGUAGCCUGUCCGACUCUGAUACCUCAGCCAGAUACCGUGCAGAAAGUUCUAGAAAUGUCUCGAGGGAAUGUGUACCUCGUUAAUGGCAAGAACCUGACCGUUGCUCUUCUUCACCUUCUUCAACUUCCUCAAGAAGUACCUUUGUACAGUAAAGUCAACCAAAGACCGUUUCAGUGA